AUGUUACGUGACAUCACUGAUGUAGAUGUAACAUUCGGUGGAAAAGUAGUCAUUUUGGGUGGAGAUUUUAGACAGGUUUUACCUGUGGUUCGUAAAGGAACGAGAGAAGAACAAGUUCGUUCCAGUUUGGUUUAUUCAUAUUUGUGGCCUUCCUUGACCAAGUUCCAAUUAAUUGAAAACAUGCGAGCGCGAUUGGAUCCUGCAUUCUCAGAUUAUGUUUUAAAAGUUGGCAAUGGAAUGCCACCAAACACAGUCAAUGAAAUGAUAAAAAUACCAACUUGCAUGCUUAUUCCUUUUGUGAAUGAUAAGUUUUCUUCAGAUCGUUUGAUUGAAGAUGUUUUCCACAACAUUCACGAUUUUUCACAAAAUAUUUCCAGUAUGAUGAAACAAGCCAUACUAACACCAAAAAAUGAUUUUGUGGAUGAAAUAAACACUUUGUUAAUUCAUAGAUUCCUUGGCGAAGAACAACGAUAUUAUAGUUUUGAUGAAACAACAGAUUCAUCUAAACAAUUAGUGAUGGAAGAUUUCUUAAAUAAUCCAACCCAAAAUGGACUCCCUCCACAUGAAUUGUUACUUAAGAAAAACUGCCCAAUCAUGCUUCUCAGAAACAUUAAUCCUUCAGAAGGCCUAUGCAAUGGAACGCGCUUAAUUUGUCGAGCUUUUGAUCAAAAUAUCAUAGAUGCAGAAAUUGCAGUGGGAUAUUACAAAGGGAAAAGAGUGUUCAUUCCUAGUGUAAUCCAAAAAAUAGGCGUGGAUGACAUGGCAAAUAUUUAA